AAGGUACGCGGAAUAGGAAUAUAGUUUUGAAAUUCUGUCAUAAAAUUAUUUAUUUUCGCGCAUUUAAAAACUACAUCUAUGUUAAUCUCUAGAAAUAUUAUUUGCAGUGGUUUUGGAUAAUUAACAUGUGAUGGUUGACGGACCUUUUCGUGCAUUUAAAUUGAAAUCAUUUUGGAUUGAGAAUAAAAAGAAUGUUUUUAAAACUAAAGACUACAGUUUUGAUCUGCGUAACAUCCGUUCUUUAUACAGCAGUUACUGCCCAAGAAUGUGGCGAGGGCUAUAUAUCACUUGAUAUAACAGGUGCGUGCACGAAUUCCACGUGUUUAGGCGAAUGCCGAGACAAAAACACAUGCUGUCUAGAGAUGUGUUUUGCGGGGAUAAGUCCAUCUAAAUUAGAACUUGAAGGUUGCGCAAAUAUUGAGGGUGACCACGGCACAUGCAGCCAGUUUGCAUCACAGACCGACUGUUUAGCAAAUAAAUUAAAUAAAACAUAUGAUGCUUGUUGGAAACACACAUUAUACUAUAUUUCAUCGCACCCUGGGGUCGGCGAAAUCAGUGGAUUUAACCCUGUCAACUGUCCAUGUGAGUACGGACAGACGCUGAUAGAGGGAGGCUGUUACCAACCCCAGUGUUUAAACUCGUCUUAUUGUCAAUUAAAGGAAGAUCAAGUCAGGGACACGUUCGUAUGUUGUCUUGAUAAAGCCAUGUUUCCACAUGAGAGUGACUGUGGUAAACAUGAGAAACUCGACAAGUCUAUAAAAAAGAAUGUGAACGUGAGCACUCUGGCAGAUUGCCAAGAAAUUUGUCAAGAAGGAAUUUGUAAAAUGCCUGACGCUAAUAGAUUCCCUGCAUGUUGUGUAGAAGCGACUAAAAUUGUUAAGCAGGCAGACGACGGAUCUAUUCAUGGAAGUGUCAUAGCUGUCAUAAUAACCCCCAUUGUUGUAUUACUUAUAGCAGGAACUUUUAUUGGGUACUACGUCUACAGAACUAGGCUACAGGAUAAAAGCAGGAAAAUUGACAGCCAAACAAAUUCAAUAGAAAUCACCGGGGUGGAUGAAAUGAUUGGGGGCGAACAAGCCUGGAACGAUGACGUCGCCACUUUCUCCGAUAUUUCACCAAAGAUGAACGGGUUUCUCGCGGAACGGGAAACAGACGUACGUCACGAAUAUGACGAAUUUGACCACGUUUCUACUCCAGAAUUCGAUGGAAGAGUACAAUCUAUUGAAAAGUUAAGAACAGGUGGAAAUACUCAGCAGUAUGAUAAUCAUAUAUAUAUAGCUGACAAUGAAAAACGUAAUGACGAAGAAAUCUCUACGAUAUUUGACUCUUACUGAGUGAUUGAUCAACAUUAAAACAAGUGUUUUUGUCUCUUAAAAUACCAUCCAUUUGCUUUUUCUGGUUUUCCGCCGAUUUUUAACGCAUACAUUUUGGCCAUAUCUCCACAGCCGACCCAACUAACCGUCUUUCCUGGAUAACUAACCAGUAAUUACAAAAUUUUCUGCAAGUGACCAACAACUAAUACCACAUGAUUAGUGAAUCACCGUCGAGAGACAAAAUUAAUGAUCAUUAGUCUUCAUGUCAGGGAUCAAUCGUCAUGAAGAAAUAACACUCAAUUCGAGGCUCGAGUCAGCGUCCCAUCGAUUAUUAAAGUGAAAUGCCUCAGGUACUAUUAUGCAUGUUUGUAUACCACAUUGACGUGAGUCUAUAGAGUGUCAUGCAAUUCAAAUCAUGUCCGGCAAAAAAUCGAUUUUUGUCAAAAUCAAAUAAAAAUUAUAACACGAACACGGGUGUAAAAUGUAACAGUCGGUGAGUAAAAUGUAACAGCCGUCCCAUGAUGUGUAAUUUGUAAAUGGAGUUGCGUUUUGGAUAAUAAAAUAACACUACUUUUGACUGUAAGCACAUUUUUAUUUGAUAAUUAUAUAUAACAGGAUUGCAUAAAUAACAACAUGAAGUAAU